UGCCUGGGGGGGGCCCUGUCCACCCGUGGGGCUCUGGGGCUGCCUGGGUGGGGGUGACCCUGCCUGCCCAUGGAGUUGCCGGGGUGUGUGACCCUGCCCACCCAUGGGGCUCAGUCCCAUGCUAGCUGCAUGUUCCCAUUGGUCCUGCUGGAUGCUGCACAGAGGCCUGUGUGGUGCUGCUUCACCCCCAGCUGUUAGCUCUGGCCCCCGGAGCUACGUCUACACAGGGCUAAAACCCCGUGGCUGGCCUGGGCUCUGGCUGCAGGGAUGAAAAUCACUGUGCAGAGGCUCAGGCGCCCUGCAGGGGGGGAGGUCCCAGAGCUCGGUUCCAGCCUGAGCCCAAACGUCUGCAUGGUGAUUUCUUCGCCCCGGAGCCCGAGUCAGCUGGCCUGGGCCAGCCACGACCAUGCUGCGGGGCUUUUAUCCCUGUGCAGAUGGACCUGGGUCUGCGUGGUCCCUUGUUUGUGGCUGGGUGUUUCCUAAGCCUGUACUGAGGGUGGGUGACCAGGCCCUUCCUCAGCCUGGAGCAGGGUGCCGGAGCACCCGGCCCAAUGGGGAGGGGAUCUCUGCGCUGGGAGAUGGGGCAGGAAGGGGUCAGUCAAUAGAAAGGAGUUCUCGGCAUGAUCUUGAUCUUGUCCUGGGGGACUCACCACCACAGGAUGUUAGGGAGGUGGGAUCCCAGGCCAGGGCUCCAUAGGGCUGCUCCAGCUGCAGUGACACUGGCUGCCGGGAUGCUCUGGGGGACAGGAGGUUUCCAGCAUUUCGUGCCUUGUUCUGGUGGGAAAGGGGCCAGAUUAACAUGGGAAUCCAGCUGCUGCCAGGAGCCUGCUGUCUGGCUCCUGGAUGGGGGCAGCUGGAUGGGGCCCCCCUGGGGAAGGGGCUGUGGUUGGCCCCCAGUGGCAGGAACGGGAGUCCCCGUCCCAGGGAGGUCCGAACAGGCCCUGCCCUGCGUGACCCGGCCCUUGUCCCCACAGCUCAGCCCACGAGGCCUUCAUGGAGCUUGGGAACAAGCUGUCCCUGGUCCGGCAGGGGGAGGUGAGGGGUGGGAUCCCUGGGGGGGCCCAGCGGGGUGCACCAGGCCAUGACAUGCUGUGAUCUGACCCGCAGGGCGAGACGUACCUGGUGCGGUAGCAGCGCUCCCAGGAAGCGGCGCCUGGCCCGGCCCACCGGCCGGCAUGGCCCUGUGGGAGGGCCCGCGGGCAGGGCCAGAGGAAGGGCCUGCAUUGCCCCACAUCCUGGUCACUGACUUCAGUGCUUCGAGCACUGCAGCCUGGGGCAGCCUCGAGGGGGUCACUGCUACAGCCCUCAACCCACAGCCUGAGCCUGAACCCCCAGGAGCGGCAGAGGAGGAUGCAGAGAGCGUCUCCAAGCCUGAGUCGGAGCAGGAUGCCUCCGAAGAUGGAGGGAGCAGCCUGGGCUCCAGCUCUGUGGCGCUGGACCCCGUGGAGAAAGAGUGGCUGCAGGGGGCAGCCAGCGGGCACCUGCUCACCCUGAGUCACCUGCUCAAACAGGAGCCGUCCUUGGCCACCAGGAAGGACUUCACCUCGGGGUUUACAGCGCUGCACUGGGCGGCCAAGCACGGCCAGGAGGACUUGGCCUCGCUGCUGGUGGCUGCAGGAGCCGAUGUCAACUCGCGAUCGCAGGGCGGCUACACCCCGCUGCACAUUGCUGCUCUGCAUGGGCACCGCCAGGUCAUGGAGCUGCUCGUCCGGAGCUAUGGUGCCAAGCAGAACGUGCGAGAUUACAGCGGGCACCUGGCCAGACACUACCUGGGAGCAGAGAAGCCGCUGGACAGAGCUGCCACACUGCCCCAGCUGCCAGCGGCACGCGGCAGGAACAGGGCGCUGGCCUGUCUGCUGUUGCCCAAGGGCAGUGGCCAGGCCCGGAAGCGCUGGGGCUCUGCCGAGGACCUGACGGAGGAGGAGGAGCGGGGGCAGGCGCAGCACCUCGCCGUGCCAGCCUCGUACCGCGCCGUGCGCAAGUUCUCCCGCUAGGGGGGCCGGCUCCCGGCCCUGCCAGACCCGGCCCUAGUCCCACCCGCUGCCAGGGGCUCAGGCAGCCCCGAGGGUGCAGGGUCUGGGGGAGGGCAGUGGAUGGGCCCUGCUAGCGACUGCCCAGCCAGAGCAGGGGCAAGAGGUGCCGUGUUUCCCAAUGUUCAUACGAACACAGCCCCUCCCCCAGCCGGAUGCCCCUCAGCCCCUGCUGUCCCGCCCUGGUGAUUCCUGUCUCCACCGACACAGGGCUCACUCGGUUACCGCCCGGCUGCGGGGUCUGCCAGCGCCAGGUGCCUCGCCCAGCCCUGGGAGCCCCACACCCCUGCCUCUCUGCUUUUUUCUGAUGGAUCCUGACACUGAAAUAAAACACUACGUGCA